GAAAGUAGGCUGAGCAACCCAAGAUGAAAAUAGGGUCUGCAAGUCUGGAGGAUUUAAACCAAGUGGAAUAAGAAGAGGAAGAUGCACAAGAGAAUGAUGGAAGUGACCAAGGGAACACAUACCAUGAGAAAAAUCAACAAAAUGAAGAAGCAAAAAUCCUUGUCACUAAAAGAGCGAGAUAUGUCAUAGUUAAAAACUCCACAACAGACAAAGGAAAAGGAAAAAUGAAGGAAGUAAUGAAGAACUGCAUUGUUCGAAAGAAGGAGGGAAGCACCGCCAUCAGAAUCAAUGAAGCUAAUGAGAUGCUGAGGAAGAAAGGAUCUGAAACCCCCACGGUAAACCCAUCCCCCUACCGUAUGCCUCAUCAACUAAUGAUAAUCCCGGCCAUCCCACUCAAAACCCACCCUCCCCCAGCCAGAGAAAUCCAUAGAGUCACUGAAGAAGGUGUAUGUAUGCGGAGAAAAAGCUUAGUGGUGAAAAACAUGACUUAUAAGAUGCAACAAGAACCCAAAGACCGUGCAAAGAAUGAGCAGAAGGAGGUAACAAACAAGACCAUCCAGAUGAACAAGGAGAAAUCAAAGGGAGUUGGGCCUGCCUCUGCGCAGUGAGCUCGCUGAACCAAAGUGGAGCUGUGGGGAUCCUUUAAGCUCUGAAUUGGCUUCAACAAAUCAAAAAUAGGACCUGCAACAUAGAGAUAGCUGAUAAAGAAUUAAUGAAGACAGUGAAGAAAAAAUGGAGAUUCCCGCAACAAUCUACCAACAUCCCCCUGUUUGAUAACAAUGUUGAACUAUUUCCUACUUUAGACAAUUAAAUUGUAAUCCCCUAAGGAAGGAAUGGAAAACUAAAC